CCCGCCUCCAGGUCCUCAGGAAGCCUCGCAUGGUCACCAAACGCAGACCUCAGACACCAUCCUGCAAAUGAAACACACACCGCAACAAACCACCGACACACAACCACAGGCAGACCGACACAUGAGUGAGCCAGCCACCAAGCCACCAAUGUGUGUGUGUGGAUGUGCCCUCCCUCCCUCACUUUCGAUUCGUCGGACCAUCUUCCCGGCCCUGAGACGCAACCGAGACACACGGCGUCUCGCCAUGACACAGAGAGCGAAAGCCGCAAACCCCAGCUGCCUGCAUCAACAUAUGCGCAACGUUUGUAUAGACGUCCGGGCCCGGCCUUGCAGCAUAUAAAAUGUAAGCAGCGAUGCAGCUGUCCAGCCACUCGCUGCUCUCCCAUUUUUUCUGAGCUGCUGCUGCUGCUGCGGGGCUCCCUUGUACGCCGGCGUGUCCUCGAUCUCGCGCUCCAGGCGGGACUUCUUCGUCGUCGAUGACCAUGGGGUCGUCUGGCUGGUUGACGCGCUCAACUUCCCGCCUGGCGGCCUUCUCGGCCUGCUCGUCCUCGAACACAACUAUCAAACCCUACAUUCAAUACAAGGAAUGCACAGAGAUGCACUUGACGGAUGCACGUGUAGGUCUAUGUGUGGGUGUUCGUGUAGGCGCAGGUGUGCGUGUGCCCUCUAUCUGUCUUGCCCUUGGCGGCUUACCCCGAUGAAGUUUCGCAGUCCACCCGGUGACGGCUCGCCGGCAGCGGUGAUGCGGGCGGCGAUUUCGGCUGUCGUGGUGAGGCGGUGGUCGUUCUGCACGCGGGCGGCGAUGGGGUCCAUGUCUGCCCAGUGGUCGCCCUCCAGCGGCACAAAGGGAAUGAAGUGUCGGAACGCAUGACCGUCCCUCCUCCUUGUGCUGAUGCUCCAGCUCGUCGGGCUCUGAGUCAACAGCGAAACGAGCACUCCAGUGUGCUGACACAUCAACACACACAGACACACACACACACACAUACACACACAUGUCAAGAAAUUCCUCCUUGGCUAUCUCUCACAGAUCACUGCUUAUCUCGCCUGGCAAUCCAUUGACUCACCGUGGCGUGCCGUAUCGUCCGGCCUCUCCCUCCGUCCGUAGUAGAACAUGAAGCGGGUGUGGUUGUGCUGCUGGGGGAGAUCCCCCAGCAGGUUGGCCGUCUCCUGCACUACGAUGCCCCGCACACCGCCACCGCCCAUGCCGCUCAGCGUCUCCAGCCUGCCCAACAUCUCGUCACCCCUCACCUGCAGGUGUGUGGGACAGACAGACAGACAGACAGAUACCUCAGGAACAAAGUGUCUCCUUUGUCCCAUUCCCGACGUGAUGUGUGGUGUUGGUUCGGGUCACCCACGUACCUGCCCGAGAUACAUGGCCCUGCGAUGAGUGUGGGUGUUGACCCAUCGGUGGAUGUCCAUGUUGUUCAGCGACUCGUAGUGCCUCUCGUCCGUGGGCGGAUAACUGCUGGGGGGGCCCGUGUGGCGGUAGCCGUGGUGUGGCAGCGCCGGCUGUCCCUCCCCCCUCUCGGGCUCGCCCUCGACCACCUUGACGUCGUCCUUGUGCGGCAGCAGUGUGUUGAGGGCGCGCAGUAGCGAUGUCCUCGUCGGAGACCUCGUCGCGAGAGAGCCGCUGGCCGCCCGCCGCCUCCUCGUUGUACUUUUCUCUUUCUGGUAACGAAGCUGCUUCUCCAAGUCGGGCAGCGUCUUCAACCGAAGCUCAGCUGCACGCUUAACGCUGAAGUCACGCUCAGCUGCAGGCAGGCGCAUGCCGCACCUCGUGUCGUAAUACGGCAGCCCGCCCGCCACGUAGCCCCUGAUGGGCUGCUCGAAGAAGCGGAGCUGGCGGAGCUGUGCCUCAUUGCUGCCGAUGACCACGUGGCGCACGAGGUAGUCGCCCUGUACUUCCUCCAGCAUGAAGUGGUCUGGGCGGCGUGGGUCGGCUCGAUAUGCCUGGUGCAAACCUUCAAAGGUGUACACUGCAGGAGCAAAUGGGACACACAGCACACCGAGAGAGAAACCAUCAUUAGGUACUGUGCCGUCGUCUUAUUGAAUUGGAUGGCAUGUGUUGUGUAUAGCUUGCUCACCGUUCUGUGGCACCCUUGCCGCCGCCGCUGCGGCAGCCUCAGCAGCGGCUUGGUCGGCAGCACGUUGGGCAGCCUCCACAGCUGCGAUGGCUGCGGCCGCACCUGGCGAUAGCGGCGGGUACAGGCCGUAGUGCUGCUGCAUAGGGCCACGAGGCGUGGCCGGGGCCCCCAUAUCAUCCCCGUUCCCCUCAACAGCGGCUAGUGUAGCCAGAGUGCCUGGCGACAGCGGUUGGAGUUUCCAUGACUGAAACGACCUGCUCUCGCGUCCUCUCGACCUGCCUCGGUUCGGCCAUUUUGGGCGGAUCUCACCGCCCUGAGGGAUGCACCAAAUGAUCAGAAAUGGCGUCUUGCUGUUCUUCAUCGCCUUGCCGCAUCUCAGUCUGCGAAUCAAGUCCUCGUUGAAUCCACCGGCCUUGUGGUUGGCGUCGGUGUACACUGCAGGAGCAAAUGGGACACAGAGCACACCGAGAAACCAUCAUUACCGUCGUCUUAUUGGAUGGCAUGUGUGUGGCUUGCUCACCGUCAGGUGGGACCCUUGCCGCCGCCGCUGCAGCAGCCUCAGCGGAGGCAGGCUUCUUGGUCGGCAGCACGUUGGGCAGCCUCCACCGGGGCUGCGAGGGCUUCGGAUGACGAAUUUGUCCUGCAUGACAAAAACACAGACGACGGAAGUAUGUCAGACGGAUUUCAUACGGCUCUGAUGGCCCUUCCCUGUCGUGCUGCGUCCCCGACCCCACGCACCCACCCAGCUCACCUCCGCGCCGUACAGCCGAAAAGAUACCACCAUCAGUCGCUCACAGCUCUUGCGCCGGCCAGCGCCGCGUAAGAUCAGUAGCUGGCUGAGGAAAGAUAGAAAGAAAAAGCGCAAAAACAAGGGAGAGACGAAAUGAGACCGUCUCGUCGAGAAACUGCCGCAAACAACGAAAAUUUGUCUUGUUGCUAGUUUGUGACGCCAUGCUACACAUGGCGGGAAAUGGGAAGUGGUCAAAAAAUGAGUUCAAAACAUGAAUUCCA